CGUUCGCUGGUCGUCUGCUGGCUCUUGUCGCCUCGUCUGCUGGCGGGUAGUGUUGACUGGGAGGGACUUGGGAUAUUUGUGUUCGGGAUAUUGCUGUUUCCAGGUGGGAUAUUCGUGUUUCAGUAUGGGAUAUUCGUGUUUCUGUGUGGAUCUAACCACUCGCUAGGAUGUGUUGUGUUUGCUGAUGGUGUUAUAUGUGGUGGCGCGAGUUUGUGGCUGUUCGUGGUGUUAGUUGUGAUACUGACAGUGGAUUUGGUGGAGCUUUGUUGUCACGUGGGAUACUGACAGUGGAUUUGGUGGAGCUUUGGUGUCACGUGGGAUACUGACAGUGGAUUUGGUGGAGCUUUGAUGUCACGUGGGAUACUGACAGUGGAUUUGGUGGAUUUUUGAUGUCACGUGGGAUACUGACAGUGGAUUUGGUGGCGAUUUGAUGUCACGUGGGAUACUGACAGUGGAUUUGGUGGAGAUUUGAUGUCACGCGGUAAUACUAUUACAGUUUUGGUUGUGGACUGACCAGCAUUGUGUUAACAUCACAGGACUUGUAGCUCCCAACAAGAUCUGCUAGCCGAGCACCUGAGCCAGUCCAGUGCCGCCAGAAUCCUGCAGGAGUUACCCCGCUACAACUGGCUGGAGCAGAAGAUCCUCCAGCGAAACUCCUACAACCAGAGCCCGGGCUCCACAAGCCUCGCCACCACCGGCUCUCAGGACGGCAGCAGGGGCGGCUCCAACAAGAGCCCCGGCUCCACCUCCAGCUCCACCUCUAGCGCCGCCUCGCUGACCAAAUCGCCCAAGUCGGGGCCGGACAGUGGCCUCGACACGCCGGACACGGGCCGGCUACUGACCGACAGGGAUGGGAAAAGUGACGUCACAGCCGGCGCGAGACACGACGAGGACGAGGCUGAGUACAGAGGGGGUCCCCCUCCCUGCACCCCCACCAUGCCUGAGCUGAUCUCCAUACGUGAGCAGGCAACCAUGGCCAACAAGGAAGUCACUCAAGUGGAACCGUUCAGCUCCACUGACCUGCUGUCUGGCACCAGCAAGAGCUUGGACUUCGACAUAGACCUGCUGUCUCCAGAUGAUGGUAACGAUGAAAGUGGUCUCACCAUUGAUCUCAGCCACGACGACACAGACGGUUCUCGGGCCGUGAGUCCCGUGCCCCCGGGCGGCAAAUCUUCUCCCGUCAGUACAAACACAGAAAGGCAACCACCUGCUGAUCUACCUGACCUGGAGCCGCCAUUGCUGCACAUGUCAGAGACACACCCCCAAGGCAAUGUCAAGGUCGAGGACACCGGGGACCACGUGCCAGCCUUGUCCAACGAAAACAGACCGGACGUGACGUCAGAAGACGCUCCUCACCCGAGGCUGACAGAGCCUGACGUCAAGUCCGAGAGCGUCUCCACGCUCAAUUCACCGGAUGUGACGUCAGCGCCGUCGGCCACGCCCCAGGGUCCGGCCAGGUGCUCGGAAUGCCAGUCCCUGCACGCCGGGUCCGGCAACUGUGCCGGCUGCGGCGUGUGGAUUAGUUCCAGCACCAAGACGACGACCACGGUGACGUCAGCCUCGCCCAGCACCACCAAGACAACCACGUCAUCGUCGCUCACCUCCACCCCCGCCCCGGGAGAUGUGGGCGUGCCCCUAGAUCUGUGUCUGAAGAAAUCAGAGUCUCUGGGCACAGUGAACGCCCGCACCAAGGGGAACCCCCCCGUGCAGAUGGUCCUGCCCCAGGUGCAGCUCAAGACGGCCACGAUGUCGUCACCGUUCCUGGGACUGGUCAGCUCCCAGACGUCGAUGGACCUGAAGGUUGCCGUGAAGACCGCCAUACCCGCCUCACAGCUGGCUCAAGCCAUAGAUUCCAUUCAAACGGAUGUCUCCGAUGAGAAUAUUUUGUCUACCAAACCACAACAACGAAACCCCAUGGGGUCAGAGUUCAAAGUUGAACGAAGCUUCCCAAUGCACAACGACACUCUCGACCUAUGCAUGAAGACGUCGGGCGGGAUCGCCAUGGACAGCCCCAAGGGUCAACUCCUGCUGGGGGAGGGCGGGGACGGGGCCCUGAUCGACGAGUCUAUCACCAUCGGCCUGGCCCUGUCUGCCGAGCUAGAGACCGAGACGGACAUGGACCGGAACAGCCGGCUGGUAUCACGUGACGUGGAGCCCUCGCUGGUCACCUUGACCCAGCCGGAGCCCAUGGACACCAGUCUCAAGUCUGACGUCAUGGACGUGCCCAUGUCCUUGACCUCGUCGUACCAGUCCUCCAAGACGAUGACGGACGCGGAGUUGGACCAGGAGUUCCAGAAACAUCUGAUCGAGUUCAAAGCUCUGGAGAAACUGGCCGAGCGGAAGGCACAGGAGCAGAUGCAGGUGGCCAUCAUGAGGAAACGGAAGGCGGAACAGCUGCGCAUUAUGGAGAUGAAGAAGGCGAAACGGGACAUCGACCGAAUGGGACAUUUCAACGCGCUAUCACUUGACGCUGACAAGUCUUUCGUCCCCGCUAAACCCGGGUCUAGUCUGACCCCCACGUCAGCGCUAACCACGGUGUCGACCCUGACCCUGCUGACACACCCCCCGACACCCUCGUCACUGAUCCCCUCCCCAGCACACACCCACACGCCAUCAAAAACACCACCUGGCACCGCCGCGCCCUGCCAGACAGUGCCGGCACCGACUGCCACGGAGGCCGCUCCAAAACCUGUUCCACAAAUUUCCGUUUUAGACAGUCCGUUCACAAAAAGUGAAACGGCUUUUAACAAAAGUGAAACAGUUUUUAACAAAAGUGAAACAGUUUUUAACAAAAGUGAAACAGUUUUUAACAAAAGCGAAACAGUUCUUAACAAAAGUGAAACCGCUUUUAACAAAAGUGAAACAACAGUCAAUAAAAACGAAACGGCCUUGUCAAAAGGUGAAACAGCUUUACCUGAAUCCGAUUUGAAAGUCGCGGGCUGUAUAGCGACGUCACAGUCGGUUGUAAAAACUGAAGUGUCAGAGGUCGUGAUCAAUCCAGAGUCGAAUCCAAAGGAUGUGGAUACGUCAAAGGUCAAGUGCAAAACGGAAGUUCUGGAAGUGGAUAUUCCAGAACUUUCAGAAACUGUUAAUGAGAAUCUCAAAACUGUUGAGCCUUCGGGCAUUCCAGCAAGUUCCAAUGAAGGGGAGAAAACUCUCGAGGUGUCCUCCAAAACCCCGGAUUUAAAACAAGAGCAACACAAAACCGAAUCGCCUUCAGCUCACAAGCAAGAGUCGGACGCGGAGAAAAAGACAGAUUCUGAGAAGGUUUUGAAACCCGUCCCUGCCCACCAAAACCAACCGCAAACGGCGCCUUUGGAUAUGACGCACGUCAACAACUCCGCCUACUUUCAGGGACCGUAUCACCGCCGGAACGUCGCCAUUCUCGAGCCUCCAUUCCUCAGCAAGGAGGCGCCCAAAGACGACCAGCCCCAGAAAGCACACAGCCAAAGGCCUUUUCAGACCGCUGGGAAUCUUAUUGUCGCUAUUGGUGGUUCGUUCGCUUCCUCCACCAGUUGCUCAACUACACUGCCAAGUUCUGCUAAAUAUUCGACAUCUCAAAUUGGUGCUCCUCUUUCCACCACCUCCCGCCCCACCCCACAGGGGUCCAAACCACAGCCCACGUACAGGAGCAUAGCGCCGCGCCCCAUCAAGAACUCUGACAGCUCCAGCGCCCCCAUGUCGGCGCCCUCUGGGGAGACAACCCUGAUCAGGGCGCAGAGGAAAUCCCUGGACGAGUCUGAGCUAAGGGAGCGAAGUCAUCCUGUCCUUGACUCCGGCCCAAAGUCAGCCGACCAAGUCAACAAACCACAGCCCAGUUUCCAGCUGUCGUCUGCCGGCGCCCCCGACAAGCGGUUUUUCUCCAAGCCUGAAUCUAUCGGGCCUCCUCCACCUCUACAGCAGCAUCAGCAGAACACGCUACAGCGGCCUGUCAUUCAGUCCCACCCCAUCCCGCCCAGCUUACAGCCCAACGACAGACCAUCCUUUGGCUCGGAUGACGGCGAGAAGAAAAGCGCUUUUAAAGUUCAUGUCAGGCCACAGAAUAACCUGAUCAUAGACCUUACUAAAGAUGUUCGGACCCCCAGCGAUGAAAAGGCAACACUGGUUCUGCCCGGCACACCAACAGCACAUACUCAGCCAGGCUUCAACCACCAGACGUCGCCGGAUCCGCUGCAGUACGCGCGGCAAGACGCCCUGGGGAGGAGACCUCAGGCUUAUCAACCUAGUCUAAGGUCAAGGCUGGGUGCUCCUGGGGAUGAUGCACUGUUUGAAUUUGCGCCAGGUCAAGACAAAUCCAAUGCUUUACCCAAUGGAUUUAACGACAGGUCUAGACCAGGUGGCUUUAUUACAACACGGCACCGCUUGCCUGCGAGGGAACCUGUCAGGGAACCUGUCAGGGAACCUGCGAGACCAGUGCCUGUGAAGGAUCCUUUCUUCAGAGACCACGUGCGGCCCAGCGUGUCCUCGGUAACCCAGCACAGGCAGCGCUACUCCAGCAACCCGCCCGGCAUGGCAGACCCUCAGAUGCCCGCCCAGACCACGAUGGGCACGACCUUCCACAAGCCAGACGAGCUCUCGCCACGCUUCUCCUCCAACACGCACGUCGGCAUGAGCUGGGUGGACGAGCAGCACGCGACGGGCUCAGAGUUUGCCUCAUCUCAAGGUCAAUGGCGAGGUCAUUCCCCCGGCAACCAGCCCAGGUCCAGCCAUCUGCUCUCAAACUCUGGUCUGGAGAUGUUUCCAGAAGGCGACGUGGGCAACAGGCUGCUGGCAGAGGAGAUGGACAAGCAGAGAGGGCGUGGGGAAGUCCACCCAGCCUUCCAAAAACAUUCCGACCUCCUGUACAAGCAGCAGAAGCACCUUCAGCUGGAGGUUGGUCCCUUGUUCAACCAGCAGAGCAUCAGCCACAGUGGUGUCAGCCACACCCACACCUUGCCGCCACACACCAGCCUGCACUCCAGCGUGGCUGGCCACCACCCACAGCCGAUCACAAGCCAAACUUUCCAACAACGCCCGCCCCUCCCGGCGCCCGGGAGUCUGGGGGAGAGCUACAUGAGGCACGCGCAGCUGCAGCAGCAGCAGAAGAAGCUGCGGACCCACCCGCCCCUGGACGGCAACAUCCCGUCCUGGAGGUCGUACGGGAGUGUGGACAACUGCAGCUUGGGGCCUUCAGGGCUACAGCCGAGAUCACCCUAUCUACAGAACCCAAAUCUAAACCAAAAUCUAGACGCCAUCACUUAUCAAAAACUACAUCAACAACAACAGCAACAGCAGAUAAUGCAACAGCAGCAGCAGUACCAGUUCCACCAGCUACAACAGGGCCUCAGCACACAGAAAUCCAUCGCCUCAGGGGAAAUUCCUUCUCCAACCAAUCAGAGGAUGUCACUGGUGGCGCCACCUCAUGGGGGACAAAACUUGGGUAUCCCGCAGUUAAUGUUUGGAGAGUGCUCCAGCUCCCCCAACUAUCCUAAUUUGUCGCCCAACAGUGCAGUGAAUGCAGGUUUAAUGAUGGGCCAAAAUCCAGGCCUUCACCACAGACCCACUGAGGCGGAACAUUUGGCUAUGCUACAUCAGCAGAGACAGCAGUCCAAGCCAACCAUGUUUGACCGACCUCGCCAGGUGGCACCACAGACACAAGGUCCUUCAGGAAUGCCGCCUGGCAACAUGCCCCCAAUUCCUGUCCCCCCUAGGCCUGUAGCUGGGUAUGGGGGCAUGGUGCCCGGGCAGCCCAGCAGUGUGACUAACAGUUUGUGCCGAGUUUGUGGUAAACUGGCUGUGUACCUGUGCUCAAGCUGUAGACGGGUCUGGUACUGUAACCAAACGUGUCAGAGCAAACACUGGGGUAUCCACGCAGCGGAGUGCAAGCCUCUGUCAUGAUUCAACUUGGGCUGUGCUGGACGACAAGAAUUAUUAUCAUUGUUUUAAUAAUCACCAUGUGCCUCAUUGUACCAAACUACACUAACAACAUGUACAUUCUUAAUUGUAUAGUUGACCACAUCAAAUUGUCAUUUUUUUAUUUUAACUUUUUUUUUUUAUUUCCUACUUUUGGACUUAUGAGAAAAUAAGUUUGACCUUGACCUUUCUGGUCGUGUGUUCCACUGGGUGGGGCACUCUCUAAUACAGAAAAUGUUUUCUGCAGACAGAAUAAAAGGAAAUAUUUUCUGUAUUGUUUUCAUAUUUUGGCUGUCUUUUUCCAGCCAACUAUUGUAAGUCUGUAAAAAAUGUGGAUUGGUGUAAAAUAUUUUAUUUUAAUUCCAACUAUUUAAAAUUCGAGCAUUUGUUUUCAAAUGUGUGUGGUUUUUGUGAAACUAGCUUGAGUUGGUGAAUUGUUUUUUUAUUGACCUAGUUAUCAACAGCACUACUUUGUACUGUAAUUUAAAGUAAACAGAUUGGUCUGUUAAUUUUAAACUGUUGAAGCAUUAAAACAGAGAACUGUGCCUUCUACUGUUAGAAUUUAAUAAGUCAGUUUACUUAAGCCAAAACUAAUUAACGAAGGGAAAUUCAAUUCUUUUAUAGAAUCAAAGGAAUAAUUAAGAAUUUACAUCUUUAAACAAUGGAGAAAGUAAUUUUAGUCCAUGAAAAAGUUUUACAAGGAAAUCUAAAUAAUUUUUUACAUUGCAUCUGUGGUUGUGAAGCAGCCUAGAUGAAAGCUAUGCCAAUGUAAACUCAGUAUUAUUGAGGGACCUGCGCUGACAUAAUGGGUGUGCUAUGCAACACAGGGUUCACACAACAGAUCUCCCCAGCUGUACGACAUUGAUAUUAUGGCUCACAAAACUUGAUAUUACUUGACACAUACGAGUAUUUGAAGAGAAAUUAGCAAGUUGUUUUUACCUGUUAAAUGUUCAUGGAACAAUUUCAGCAAAUUUUUACUUUUAGGUUUUUAAAUUAGAAAGAUGAGUUUAAUUCAGAUUAUCUCAAUUGCAAAAUGAUAACUAUACACAUAUUUUAAUGAAACAAUUGUAAACUAACUUUUUUUUUGAAAAAGUUGAAGUAAAGCACUUUGAUAAACUCUGAUUGAAAGAGAUUACUUUCAAAGUGUCAAUUGAAAAACAAAAAAUAUAGGUAGCUGAUUAAGUGAACAAUAUAAAAAAAAAAUAAUGUCAGUAUUAAUAAUAAUAAAGUAAAGUAGCCUAGCAUGGGAAAUCAUUUAUUGACUUUACUCAAUUUAAAUUGUAAAAAUACUCAGAUAUCUUCAAAAAUGGUAGUUUUGAUUUUAUAAAUGUUUACGGAUUUAAAUUUAGAAAUCACAAGGUUAAAGCUAUAUAAUGAAAUUCAUCUAUUAACUUUCUGCUAUGAACCUAAGGGGGCAAAAUAUUUUUUGUUUUUUUUCUUUAGUUUUCUAAAUAAAAACUGAUCGAGCCUACAAAAGACUUUGACCUCAUCAAUUGUAGAAAGACAUCGAGUAACUCCAAAUGUGCCUCACCAUCACCGCAUCUCUCAUCUCAUUUUUUUAUUUCACUUUUUUUAAAUUAUGGAAAAUAAUAACUUAAACUCUUAACCUUUUUAAAAAGUCAUUUGAAAACUACUGGGAAAUGAUUGAUUGAUAUUUUUAAAUAAAUUCAUAAACCAUUGUUGUACAGUUUUAAAAAUAUUUCUGCCUUUUCUUGAUUUAGCUUUCUGAAUUCUUCACUUGACAGAUGUUAUGCCUACAUUCCUUGCUAUUGUUUGUCUCAACCUUGUUCAGGUGUCAACUCAUUUUACGCAAAUACUUCAAAAAUGCUUUUUUUACUAAACAGUUACCUUUUAAAUCUUGUUUUACAAAGCAUUCCUGAUAGUAUUUUUCCAUGAUCCAUUUUUUCCAUAAUUUAAAAUGAAGAUACUUUUCUUCAUUGUGUACAUAUUUUAUUAAAUAUUUUCCAAUUUGUAAAUUAAACAAAACAGUUUAAGGUUUCUGCCGUAAUUAAAAUGCCAAAUGAAUAAAAACCUAUUUACUAUAGAAGGGGGAGAUAGGGGGAAAGUUCUGACCUUUUUGGGUCCCUGCUUCCCUGGUUAGAAAUCCAGUUCAUUCACGGCUUCUAGAUCUAAUUGUGUUAUGAAAACUUUUUCCUUGAAUGCAUAUUGCAUGUACACCUGAAACGAUUGCUCUAACUGUGAAAUAUAAACCAAUUGUUGUCUGCAGUUGUGUCGUCCUUCUUAUCUUCUUAAAAUGGCUUAUAAAAAUGUUGCAUCUUUUUUUUUAUAUUGAGAUACAUAUUUUGCAGGCUGAAUUUGUUUUAAUAAUUAAAAAGUUCCAUUAUGAAACGGAAUUUAAUUAAAAAGUUCCAUUAUGAAACGGAAUUUAAUUAAAAAGUUCCAUUAUGAAACGGAAUGGUGAAAGUUUUGUAAAAAAAAGUUGAGACAGGGUAUGAUUGAUUGACUUACCUUGUUUAAAUAAGUUUUCAUCUAUAUAUAUAUAAAUCUACUAUAAAUAUGAACACUCUCUAAACGAAUGUGUGUUUCAGGUUAAAAUAAAAUUAAUUAAUCUGUUAAAUUAACUGAUAAACAAAAUGACUACGAAAUCAGCUGUUACAUAAACAAAAUGACUGUUAAUUACUAGAAAGAGCUGAGGUGAAAGCUCAACAAAGAAACAUUUUUCUAUAGUAGUUGUAAAAUGUUCGUUACAUUAAAAAAAUCAGAUCAGUAUUAAUUAUCAUUUAUAUAGACUUCUGGGAUAUGUUACAGAAAGCUAAAUUUAAUUUUCAAAUAUUUAGAAAUCCAAACAUAUUUAAUCAUAAAUAAUGAACUAAAUCCAUUAUGAUUUGGUGCAUAAUCUAAUUUUGUAUGUGUACUAGUCAUAAAUAAAGAUUUAUUUUUUUCAAGUGGGGAGUUCAUUCCCUUGUUUUAAUGGGAAGUAACUUUCAUAUGGUGCCAUUAAUGUUUUUUUUUUUUGUGUAUGAACAUGAAUGUACAAACUUUACCAGUGUGCCAUAUUUAAUGUUCAUAUUUAAUACAUAUGAAAAUCCUUGAUUUAUUUUCAGUAUUUUUGAAGAAUCCAUUUGAAUCUGAAUCCCUAUUACUUUUCAGUAACAAAAAUCUCAGAUUCAAAAUUGACCAAUAACUUUUCUUGUUUUAAAAAAAUAUUUCUUAUAUUUUAGACCCUUUGUAUAUUCAAUGAAAAUUCUUUGAAAUAAUAAUUAAUAUUAAUUUGAAAACAGAACUAACAUAAACACUAAUCCCCCAGGGCCUGUCUAUAUUGAUGAAAUAUUUUGCUCAAACUUUGCGAUGGUGACUUGGUUUAUUUCUAUUUUAUUAUUGUUUACAUGCAGAUUUGAUGUCCUUUGCUUUCAUGAACAUAUCAAUGUUGAAACUGUUUUUUUCCUAUAUCUUGUUUGUGUUGUUACAAACUAUCUUGUGUUACUACAUGACCAAAUUCAAGGAAUAAAAUCUUUAAGUCU